AUGUCCGAACUCAUCUCAGGCAUCGCAAAGUUGAGCCCGUUCUCGAAGAAGCAGGUCGACGAUGAAGACAAGGGCGAGGCCAUCGAUGCCGGCACCGUGGCUGGCGGCGGUCAUGCGUCGCGAGCGUCGGCCAUCACCAAGAACCAACUUCGCGUCAGUCAUGCGCUGAAGUCUUUCCUCGUCAAAGAGGGCGUCUUGUCCGAAGAAGAAGCCGGGCUGGAUGAGGAGCAACCUACGCCUGCUUUGCGAGAAUGCCUGGACCGGCCGCAUAUCCAUGUACCACCAGAUGUCAUCGAUAGAAAUCAUCCACUGCCGGACUACUUCAUCAGCUCGAGUCACAACACGUACCUGAUGGCUCAUCAGCUGUUCGGCGAGUCGCAUGCUUCUGCCUACGAAACAGCCCUCUACACGGGAUCGCGCUGCGUCGAGAUCGAUGCGUGGGACAACGAUGACAACAAAGACGAGCCAAAGGUGACCCACGGAUAUACUCUCGUCUCCAACAUUCCUUUCCGCAACGUCUGCGAGACUAUCCGUGACGUCGUCGACAAGGAAGCCUCUGACCAGGCCAAUGCCGCGCCCAUCAUGAUCUCUCUUGAAAACCACUGCGAUGCCCACGGCCAGCUGCGCCUCGCUCAGAUCAUGGAAGAGGUCUUUGGCGACCGCCUGUUGAGCCGAGCUGUGCGUGAGAAAGGCACGCGCGAACAAGACGGCACGGGUGAGCAUGUCACACUCGCCGAACUCGGGAAUAAGGUCGUUGUAAUCGUCGAGUAUCACCUCCCGAACGAGGAGGAGAGCAGCGAUAGCAGCUCAAGCUCGUCUGAGGAUGAAGAAGAGAAGAAAGCUCACCAGCAGUACAAGGAAAAGAAAAAGGCCGUCAACGCCGGCACUAUCGUCCCUGAGCUUGCUGAGCUAGGCGUAUACGCGCAAUCCGUCAAGCCAGUCAACAACUCCUGGUACGAGAGCGUACUGGAAAAUGCACCACACCACCACCUUAUCAAUGUCUCCGAAGUCGGCUUGAAAUCCCACAUGCCAGCAAACAGCGCGAAGAUUGCCGUGCAUAACUCCCGCCAUCUCAUGCGCGUCUUUCCCAAAGGCACUCGCAUCUCGUCCAAAAACCUCCAGCCGGUGGCGUUCUGGGGCGUGGGCGCCCAAAUCUGCGCGUUAAACUGGCAAACCUUCGGUGCCAGCUCACAGCUGAACGAAGCCCUGUUUAGCGGGUCAGGCGGUUACGUUCUGAAGCCUACUCCUCUACGCUCGGGCGGAGACGGCAACCUCAACACUGGCAGGCGGAAGAGACUGCGCCUCCACGUCGCAGGCGCGACCGACGUUCCGCUGCCGAAGGACCGAGACGAUGAGAUCAAACCUUAUCUCACAUGCACGCUCGUCCAUCCCAACGAUGUUGACGACCCCCCGCAGAAGCGAAAGACAGCGCCGUACAAGCCGCACAAAGUGACAGGCUUCCUGCACAAGGAGAACCCGCCUGCGACGGAUCCCUUCUGGAAAGAGGUCUUGGAAUGGGAGUAUGACGACAACGAGUUGGUGUUCCUUCGCCUGCUCAUCAAGAGCGACGACAGUUUCUCUCGGAACCCGAUGUUUGCCGUCGCGGCGGUGCGGCUGCUGUACGUCGCACCGGGCUGGAAUUUCAUCAGGAUGUUGGAUCUGAAGGGCCACGAGACGACGUGUACCUUGCUGGUCAGGUUUGAAUUCCAAGAUCUUUAG